AUGUCCGCUGCAGUCGCACGUAACGGCCUCUGUGAUAAUUGCCACCAAAAGCCAAAGUUCGGUGGCCACCCUUUCUGCAGCAAGACCUGCGCAGCACAAGCUAAUACUAAUCUCUGCGUCCAAUGCCGCCAGAAGCCCAAGUAUAAGAAUUACGACUACUGCGGGAAGACAUGCGCCGCUCAAGCAAAAGCGAAGGCACACCAGAAGCCCAAUGGUGGCAACACGAAUACAGCGCCCCGAGCACCGGCUCACAAGACUGCUGCGCCGACGACAGCGGUUGCUCCUGCGAAGGCGCAGCAAUGGCCCAGUUCUCGACCUCCGGCGCAACAAUCUCACUUCAAGGCUCAGAUUCCCCAGCCAUCGUCUGCCCAUUUCACUGUGGAGGUUACCUCAAGUCGCGAACCAAGCGUCACCCCCGGCAACUCGUCAACUCAGACUGGCCGCCAGUUUCAUGCAUCGUUACAGGGAGCGUACCAUCGAGGCUCGUCUACUGCCAGUGGUGAUGCGGGAACGGCUAUGGAGCGUUCGGACGACGACGAUCUCAUGACCUUCUCACCGACCUAUCCUCCCGCCCGUGGUACGAAAGCGGUGCCAAAGCGCACUCAAGUGACGUGUGCUAUUCCCGGCUGUGACAAACCCGUAUACAUCGAUGCGUCUGGGAUGCAAACGAGUGAUUACUGUUCAAUGAGACAUCGCGAAGAGGCUGUCAAGUCCGGAUUCGCCGAGCCUUGUAUCAUGUGCGGAAAGUGGCCGCAAACGAAAGGCGAUUACUUCUGCAGCAAGACCUGCAGGGAUGAAUCUCUGAGCAAGUGA